UCUUAAUGAUUCUAACUUGUCUAUGAUUCUAACCAAUAAAGUUAUUGUGAAAGCCAAAAGUAAAAAUUUCUUAUUCAAUCUCAAAAUUAUUUGUCGAAAUUGUUGUAUAUUUUAAACCAAUAGCUGUGUUCGUUUCACUUCAAUAUGGGAAAGAAGAAUAAGCCUGUUUUCAAUGGAUAUGCUUGUUUUAUGAACGACUUUCAAAAAAAAAGCGGACAGAAAUUUAACAGUAAAAAAGACUUAGCAGAAGCUGCGGCGUCCCACUGGGCAAAACUAACCCAACAGCAGCAACAGGUAUAUAAAGAUAAAGCCAAAGGUCUCAAAGGUGAAGCUGCAAGAUACACUUCGCAGGGUGUUAAUGUUGAUAUUAUAUUGGCAGAAGAAAAUCGGAAAAAGCUAAUUGAACAAGAAAUGAAUAACUACAUUAAUUCACUAAUGAUUUCAUUAAGUGAAAGCAACGAAUUUCCGUUUCAGAUGUUUCAUCUAAUAAGCAUAAAUGAAUUCUGUUUUUUUAAUGGAAAUAAGCGUUUCAUUCCAGCUGAAAUUGCUGUUAUAAAGUUUAAUUUACAAGAUGGAGUUAUAGCAGAUAAUGUUUUUCAUUAUAUUAUAAAGCCAGGUAAGUUACCUCUUGGAUAUACCGCUGAUGCUACAAAGAUAUCAAAUGAAACUCAUCAGUUGCCUGUUCCCUUGGGUAUUGAUAAGAGUGAAGACAACAGACAUGAAGUUACAGAAGGACUUCUAAAAUUUCUUAGGGCUGGUAUUUCAACGGUUGAAAGGGAUUUUCCUCCUCUUUUCUGUGAAGAUAAGUAUAGAGAAAAAGUGCAAAAUGUUGUUAAGUAUUUAUUAAUAGAUCAAGGCUAUAGUGAAGAUCUGAUAAAAAUUUACUCACUGGAUUCUUUUUUUUAUCAGCUGCGUAAUACAACAGCUGAUGGUGAAAUUAUUUGGCCAAGUAUCACCUUAAGUACUCUAGAAUUAGAACGUGAUGUAUAUGAUUAUUGUCCAGGAAUCGCAUGUGAUUUUCAUGAUAAUUCAGAUGUUCCAAACUUCUGUACACGUUCAAAAGUGGUUCGUCUUACAUAUAUAAUUUGUGAAAAUUGUUGCCCUGUGUUGGGCAUUACCCUUAUUCCAGGUCAUCAUAUUCCUGCAAGAGCUACCACGAUUGAAGCAAUUGUACCACAAAAUGAUUCCUUCUCAACUAUCUCUGAAAUUAGACAAGGUACUGGUAAACCUAAACAUAGCGCUAUUUCCUCAAGAACUUUAUCAGAGGCAUCAUUCCACACUGAUUUCACUUGUGAAGAGGAUAAUGAUAAUGCAAGCAUCAGUGAGAGUAGCCAAUAUUCUUCUUGGAUGCCAGUUCAUUCUAGAAGACCUAGAAGGGAUAUGACAUAUGAAAAUAGUGACCCAGUUACUAACAUAUCUGGUUUAACUCAGAGCGAAUCUUUAAGUUCCAACGCAAUUCGUAGACCUAAAAUACCAUCUGCUGCUUUAGGAAAGGAAUUUAGUCAAAUGUUUUUAAAUGAUAAUCAUAGAGCACCAGGGGCAGGUUCUUCAAGUUCACUUCCUAUAACCAGAGGUCGGGGAAGAGGAGCGUUUGCAAAGCUGAAAGAAAAAAAUUAGUUUAUUAUUUACUCCUUUUAUUUUUUUACUAAUGUUCAUUUACUGUAUUUUUUUCGUCGUUUGUUAGUUUUAUAAUUUAAUAUUAAAAUGUAUGUUCUCGAGCUUUUCUUUAAAUGCUGUGACUUUUACUGAUAGCAGUAAAUAAUUGUUUAUUGUUAGUGAAUUAAAAGGAUAUUGUGUUAUACUUUGCAAUGUCAAUAUAUUUUAUACUUACGUUUAUAUUCAAUGAGAAAUACUUUAGUUUAAGAAGUCAUAAAUAAUUUGUUUGUUUUUAUUCGUCAAUUACU